AUGCACCCUGAGCAACGAUGGCAAUGCUGCCAAGCCCCUUCUCCCACAUCUACAGUCAGCCUCUCAGCAUCUCAGCAUCAAGCUGCCAGAGCUUUAAACUGGAUCCAUCAAGAACAGGGAAUGUAUUGCAUAGAAGUGUUCAGGAAAGGCUGUUCUCAGACAGCAUCAGUGAAAACACAACUGCUAGGAGCUUUGGCUGCACUUCACUGCUCAUGGCCUAAGGCCAUGAAGAGGCCAAUAAAGGCUGGAGCUCAAGAACACCAACCCAGAUCCAAGGCUUCCUCUCUGGCACCCAGCCAUGAAGCUCCUUUUUCCUAUCUUUGCCAGCCUCAUACUACAGUACCAGAGUACUUUGGCUUGAGAAGAUGUUUAAUGGGUUUUGGAAGAUGCAAAGACCACUGUGGUGUGGAUGAAAAAGAGAUACAGAAAUGCAAGAAGAAAAAAUGUUGUAUUGGACCAAAAGUGGUUCAAAUGAUAAAAAACUACAUGCAAAAUGAAAUGUCCCACACACUUGGAGAGAGCUACCAAGAACACCUACAAACUACCAAGAAUUCUGAUGCUGAGAUACAAACAAAAAAUAAGAUUUUACCUCUUCUCCCUCAAAUCAUGAGCAUCAACCAUUUUGCCAACAUCAACACCCUCAUCAUCCCAAACACCACCAAUGUAAACUCUGCCAUCACCAGCCCUGUGUUCUCAGGAAAGACUUCAUAUACUGCUAUUUCUACCAAGAGAGACACCAAAGAAAGCAGAAACUUAGCUGCUGACUUCCCACCACCAGCACCACCACCCUUAGAACUACCAACGACAUGACUGGAGCUGGAGGAAGCAGAUGAGCAGGGAUGUGGGCCUUUCCCUUAA